AUGGGAGCAGGACUUGAAAAAACCAUAAAAAAAGCAGCAGAUGACAAAGAAAAGAAAUUAACAUUUUGUAAAAAAGGAAUAAAAAAAUUACCACCAAGCAUUAACACCGUUACUUCAUGUGAAUCAUUGAACCUUGCCUUUAAUGAAAUUCGAGAUUUACCAAUAGAAAUUGGAGAGUUAUUUAAUCUUGAAGAUUUAAAUCUUAACAAUAAUCAAAUUAAAGAACUUCCAAAACAAGUUACUAACUUACUUAAGUUAAAAAAUUUUGCCAUUUCAUACAAUAUGCUUACUUCAUUGCCAAGUAAUUUCUUUAUGUAUUCUCAAUUAAGGUCAUUAAAUUUAACUCAUAAUAGACUUUCUGUUCUUCCAAAAGGAAUUAGUUAUUGUACUCAGUUAGUAGAAAUAAGAAUGAAUUUCAAUGAAUUUGAUUAUAUCACAAAUGAAAUUGAGAAAUUAGUAAAUCUUAAAACCUUAGUAUGUACUCAUAACAAAUUGUCUAUGUUACCACCAGGACUUGGAUCAUUAAAGAGUCUUGAUACAUUAGAACUAUCAAAUAAUAGACUUAGAACUAUUCCAUUUACAGUCUGUAAAUUAAAUCAAUUAAGAAACUUCAAACUUUUAAUGAAUGAAAAGUUAGAAAAAAAAUAUAAAACUUCUUAUGAAACUAAACAAACACAGGCAUUUAUUAAAGACUGUGGAACAAAAGAAUUUGAGGGGUUGUACAAAAAAGACUGUAUAGACCAUAUUGGGUUCUUUGCUAAAUGUUUAGGAUGUUCAGAGAAUGACGCUCAUAACUAUUUCAAAACAAUUAAAGAAGAAGAAGACAAGAAAGCAAAACGAAUGGAAGAAUUACAAAUACUUCAAGAAGAAAAAUUCCGUGAAGAACAAAGAGUUAUAGAACAUGGGGAAUUAGUUAAAGCAGGUGAACAACCCCAAAUUCAUGAAGGAAACACUAACAAUGGAAAUUCUCAACAAACAGAAGAACAAGUAAAAGAAAUUCCAGAAGAAGAAGAAAAACCACAACAAACGAAAGGAUCAACGGUUGAAUUAAUUUAA